UAUUUUAUUUAUUUACUUUUGAUAUAAAGCGGUGUUUUUUUUUUUCUUCUCGUUGAUACACAUAUUUUCAUUCAUUUUUUUUUAUUUGCUUCUAUUUAUUUACUUCAUUUGUUUUUAUUUUCCGGUUCUUUUAUUGUCUUUUAAUUAAUUCUUUUAUUUAUUUGUACACUUUAUUAGCUAGUUUUAAUUAAUAUUUUUCUUUUUUUAAAAUUUAUUAUUAGAUUAUACCUUUUUUUAUAUAUUUUUUAACUUUAUCGUACUUUUUAAAUUCUAUUAUAAAUUUUUAAUUUUUUUUAUCCCUUUUUUGUUUAUUUCUUCGUAAGUUAAUUUGCUAUAUAAAGAUGUGCGCAGGCAAAUUAUGUCACACUCUGCUCUUGACAAAAAGACGAACUCAAAUCUGCAAAAAAUCUUGAUCUGUGAUAGAAACAAGAUAGUUUCGGUGCUCCUUACUUCCCUCCAAAUAUCGUCAAAGACAUUGCAAAUUAUAAUGCAAUCAUAAAUUUGUAUGUUUUUGUUUUAAAAAAUCUUCCAUUACGUAUACUAAUCUGUCGUUUUUAGCAUAUCGACUGGUAAAAUAUAUUACUUCGUUUAGGUAACGUAGAGAAAUAUUUCUCAGAUUCAUUCUGAAAUUUAUUUCAGUUCGUAGCUGUUAGUACUAAUACAAGAAAAUAUUAUAAAUAUUACUGGAAUAUAUUUUUGGAAUAUAAAUAUUCAUAGAAUUGUAUUAAUACUUUAGAAAAUCAGUACAUCAUCGCCUGCUGUAGACUAUCUUUAGUUUGCUCCUCAAUCCUCGCUUUAAAAACGAAAUGGCAGCAUUGUCUUAUUUUCUGUGCAUGGUAGUUUUAACAUUGUUUAGCACUUUUUGUUCUUCAGUUAGCUUCAUUCUUUGUCGUCUGCGAAAUGAAAAUCCUAUUCCUUGUAUGAAUUUCCCAGUUAGAACGGAAAGCAAAGACCAUCCAGCUUCGGAACAUGUUUCAAUGCAUGUACAACUUCUGAAUAGAAAAAUAGACAAUGUCUUGGAUCCUCUUCCUUCAGUUACCUCGAUCCUGCCCCAAGAACUUUUGCCCAAAACAGAAAACACUGUUUUUGAGAAAAAGUACACUACUGCGAAAAUUCUUACUGAGUUAGAUCAAUACCUAGAUGGAACAAAAAGUAAUCUCAUAAUCGAAAAUCAUUCCACUUCGACCGAGUUUUCCAUGAAAAAUGAUCAUGUAGCCCAAAUGAACGACAAUGUAUCAGUACAAUUUUCAUCAAGUAAAUUUAUCAAAUUUGGGAAAAUCCAGGACCGAACAGAAGGCAAUGUCUCACAUAGAAAUAUUCCUGUUUUAAAUAUUUCAAAAAAUCUUACAAUGCCAGAAAAACUGUUACCUGAUUUAUCUCAAACUAGUUGUUCUUUCGAAUGGGUAGAAAACAUUAACGAAAACCGAAUUCCAGAAAUAGUGAAGGAAACGCGCUGUAAGAACAUCUUAAAGUGCGCUCAUGUUCAAUAUCCUUUCCUUUUUCUGCAGAAAAUUAAUGAUAGUAGAGACACACCUGUUUAUCAUCCAGAAUGGAAAACCAUAAGCGUAGCCUGUAUUCUGAGAGAAAUUUCAAAACUUGAGCCAAACGUUCUAACUUUAUCCACAAAUGCAUGAAAUGACCAGAACUUUUUCGAGUUUUUUUCUUAGUAACAUCACGAACUAAUAGACUACUAGAAGAGAUGUAACUUACGUGAGACCGAGCGAUAUUGCUACGAGAUUUUUUAAUUAAUUUAUUUAUUUGAUCUGUGUCACUGCUUCAGAUGAGACAG